GGUUAGAGCAACGGGCGCACUUAAACGACACCAAUAUCUUGGUGGUGCCAUGCGCUCGGACCCGCUGCAGUCGCACCUCAAGAAGCUCAUCAAGGACGACCGCGAUGUGUCGCAGCUCCGGGCCGAGUCGUCCGCGCUCCUCUGCGACGUCACGCGCGCCUUCGUGCUCGAGCUGGCCGAGCGCAUAGCCGUCGAGCUCCGCGCUGGCGGCAGCCUGUCGCCUGACGCCUUCAAGGCGAUGCUUUUGGCCGAGCCCGCGUUCGCGCCUCUCUACAGCUUUAUCGAAGACAUGACGGUUCUUGAGACAAAAGCCAUGCUGCGAAAGCGCAAGAAGACGACGCCUACCGCGGCAGCCAGCGCCAAGCGCGCCAAGCGACCUGCCCCUCCGCCCGAACCCGAGCCCGUGGCGAGUGCACCCAUGACGAUUGCAGAGGACGACGACUACGACGCAAGCGACUGAGCGCCGACCCAUUCCAUAACCGGAUCCAACACGAAAUACGAUCAUGCUUGCAUCGUCUUCGAUAGCUCUAUACAUGAAGGUAUCUACAGCGUGAACGCUCGGGGCGACGACAAGAGCGCCGAGUACGUCGACCCGAGGAGCGCGUCGCGGGACGGCGACCGCAGGUAGCUCAGCGUUGUCGUCUCUGCUUUCUCUUCCAUGGGCGGGAAGAGCGCGGCAUGGAGCUUGGUGACGAGCCCGUCGGCGUCGGCUUCCGAGACGACAAAGCUCAGGUUGAGGUCUUCGGCUGACUCGCUCAGUAGCAGCACUUCGUAGCCUGCGAGCAACUGGAAGACGGGGCCAAGCUCACCCAGCGACGUGCGC